UCAACGCAAACAUGAAAGCAUUUUCUGACCACAUUUACAAGAUGAAAGAUCUAAUGAUGGAGGUGACAGAAAAGAGAUGAUGUCGGAAGUGAAAUUGCUGACGGAUAUUAAGAGCAUCUUCCACAGGUGCGAAAGCCUCAGAUCCCCAGCUCUCUUGUCCUUGCAGUUAAGGAAAGAAGAAUUCAUUCUUCCUCUGCAGUUUUCAGCUCUCAAGAAAAUAAGACAGAAGUUUAGAGAAGAGGUUACCCUGGAUCCUGAAACAGCACAUCCUUAUCUGCUUGUCUCUGAGGAUAAAAAGCGUGUGACAUUUGUGCAGAGAGAGGAACUUGUUCAUCUGAAUCCAGGGAGAUUCAUGGCUUAUCCAGUGGUUCUGGGUUCGCAGAUUCUGGCCGACAUUACUGGGAAGUCCAAGAGGAUGACAUGCCUGAAUGGAUUGUGGGGGUUUGUCAAGACUCCAUUUCCAGAAAUGAGAAAUGGUCACUGUCAUGUCUGAGCAGAUUGGACGAUUCAGUUGUACAAUGUCGUUUACGUGGCUCAGUGCACUGUCCCAGGCACUCUGUGGCUAAUGGAAAAACCCAGAUGGAUUGGCAUUUAUCUGGACUAUGAGUUCGGUGAGAUUUCCUUUUACAAUUUGAACAACAAGUCUCACAUCUAAUCUUUCAGAGAUACAUUUUCUGAAGCAUUAAAGCCUUAUUGCUAUAUUGGCUAUGAUUCAAAACCUCUUAUUAUCUGUGAAGUAUCAGAUUUGGAAGGGUGAAGAUGCAGCAUUGCUUCAUCUUUCUGCCAUUUAUGGAGAAAUAGCAGUGAAUCUAGCACCAAUUUUGUUUUCUUUUUUUAUUUGAGGUGAGAGUCUCACUAUGUUGCCCAGGCUGGUCUCCAACUCUCCCUGUGUCCUGCCUCAGCCUCCUGUGUAGCUGGAUUACAGUUGCACACCACCAUGCCUGGUCAGCAUCAAUUAUUAUUAUUUUUGUACUGGGGAUUGAACCCAGGGGUCUUAAAUAAACUGAUGGCCUUAAGGGAUCCUCCCACUUCAGCCUCCCAAGAGGUUGGGACUAUGCCGCAGUCUGGCUGCAGCAAAAUA